UUGUUGUUAAAGGAAGUAGCCCCAAAAAGUUAGUACCGCUGCACACAGCUCUGGCCGAUCGAGAAAACAUGAAAGAGAGAUAGGACGUGUUUUUACUGCGAUAUACACAACAAAUAAACAAUCGCGGCCUCGCAGACGUCAAGUAAAGCGACUGGUGCGGGCGAACAAGCAUAUCCGCGUCCUUCUCCGAUGCAGUUUUGAGAGUCGAGGCUGACAACGAGGAGCCAUGAACGAGAAUUUUGACCGAGCUCCCGGAGGAGGGAGAACCCGCAACCUUGCCCCAGACGUCGGGCUCAUGGGUGUUUCCUGGGACGGGGAAAACAGGAGCACGCACUUCAACCAGAGGGAACCGCUGAGGCAGCCGCGUACAUCCCCGCCUUUCCCCGAGAACAACAGCAGCACGGCUAACGACAUGACUGGUGGAGACUCUCGAAGACAAAUCAAACCGCAACAAAGUGCAAAUGCCAACAAUGUGUCCACCUCCAGAGGCUGUAAUGAUGUGGAUUCUUUGGUGAAGGGAUCAACUCUUUCAGCAAGUGCUCCAGAGUUUGUGCCCACUGGAAUGAACUCGUAUGAAGAACCAGCUUAUUAUGAUGAGAGUGGAAUCUAUUACAGCGAGUCAACAUUGGCUGAUAUGGUCACAGAGUUCCUUGACCACCUGAGUUCCUCCCCGGGAGCCUUCGAGUUGGAUGUUGACUACAUAUCUGGCAUGCUCAAUUCCAUGGUCACGACCGAAGAGUCGCUGAAGGAGCUGGUGGAACUGAUUUUCACACAGUCUACUGCCAUGCCAAACUUCUCUUACACUGGCGCCAGGCUUUGCAACCACUUGUCCCAUCACCUCAGUAUCAGCCCACCGAGCGGCAACUUUCGUCAGCUUCUCCUUCAAAGAUGUCGAAUAGAAUAUGAAAAAAAGGAUGCUGCUGUUCGAGGAGACCCAGAGACCCAGAAGAAAUUUCACUCCUUCGUGCUGUUUUUAGGAGAACUCUAUCUGAAUCUGGAGAUUAAGAGUGUAAAAGGGCCUCCAAAUCGAGCAGACGUCCUCCUCAGUGCUCUGAAUGAACUGAUGAACAGUCUGUUCUCCGCCCCUGUGGAUGCAAAUCUCAUCUGUGCUGUCAAACUUCUUAAGUUGACAGGAUCGGUCCUGGAUGACGCAUGGAGUGGAAAACCACUCAUGGACAAACUAAUGCAAAGAAUAGAAACUAUUCUGCUGGAUGCUAAAUGCAGCAGGGAUGUAAGACAGAUGCUUCUGAAGCUUCUGGAGCUGAGGUCCAGCGACUGGGGCAGAGUUGGCGGUGCAGCCGCAGCCAGCAACGCCACACCAGACAACGACCCCAACUACUUCAUGAAUGAACCUACAUUCUACACAGAAGAUGGGACUCCAUUUACAGCGGCAGAUCCAGAAUAUGCUGAAAAAUACCAAGAGAUCCUGGACAGGCAGCACUAUUUCCACGAUAUUGAUGGAGAAAAUGGAAAUGAAGAAUAUGACGACUUUGAGGACGAGAUGGACCCAGAGAUAGAAGAAGCUUUUGAGAGUUUUUGUUUAGAAUCCGAGAGGAAACGACAACAAUGACGCCACACGUCAGACCCUACAGAGCUUUGAUGGGGCACCGCCGUACUUUCUUACAUCGUCUGCUGACACCAGGACAACAGUUCUGCAAAUUUCAGAAAUGCAUAUUGUAUCUCGAGGAUAUAAUAUCCAGACCUGGGCAGUGAACUGGUGCAUGAAACGAUGAGGCUGAUAUUUAAAUGACCCUGAUAUUUCUAACAGGCUUAGAAAUGAGUAUCUUCCUCAAACUGAAUUAACUCUGCUUUACAGGUGAUGACAACAGGCAAUUUUGCAGAAUAUAUUAAAACAACUGCACAUUAUCCAUCACUUGUACGAAAUUAUCAUUAUUGUUACAGUUUAUGACUAAUGUUGUGAAAGUCAAUCAUCGUUCAUUGUCAAGGAACUGCACCAGUUACACAGCGGGACACUUAAGAUUCACAAUGUUCUUUUACUAAAGGGUUAAACUGACUAUUGUUGCACUGUAAUAGAAAUAACAGCAAACAGUGUCUUUUUUUUCUUUUUUUUUUUUACAAUACUUUUACAGUCAGUGAAUCAGGAAAUACUUACACACAUGGUUAAACCUGAGAGGAACUAAACUGUGAACUGACUGAAAGCCAGAGGUUUUCUUGCUUUCUGCCUUAGAGUUAAAAUAAAGUCCACCCCUCCUACUGACAACUUUACGUAUGAAGCAUCAUAUAACUUAGAGAGGACGCAGACUUCUGCCCUUUCACUGGUUCAUGGAGGAAUCGUUUACACAUCAGAAAGUUGUUAUGUGUCUUAAGAAAGGCCGUGAAAAUUCUUCGCGGUUGCUUCAGUUGAGAGGAAAAUAAUGAACGGUCACACAAUGGCAUUCUUUAAACCUCACUGACACGCCACAGAUAUUUUCCUCGCUUCAAUGUAAUUGCUGUUUUGUGCUUUGAAACUCUCUAGGCAAAUGUGGAUGCUUGAAUUGUAUAAUGAUUCUAUGGUAAUGGGAUCGAUACUUGAGUUUCAGUUUCUCUGUUGUACGACUGCGGUGAGGCAGCUUCACUGUGUUUGUCUAAAUGCUUAUAGUUGUAGUUUCUGAACACUUUGCCUGAAAAAAAGAAUUUGCUUUCAUCUGUUCUUAA